AUGUCCACAUUCAUCAUCGCAGGCAGCGACAGCAUAGCCACAAAUCCAGGCUGGACGACCUACUAUCUGGUACAGAACCCGAAGAUCAUGAAGAGACUCAGCGAAGAAAUUGAGUCAGCGUUUACAUCUGAGGAACAGAUAACUCCAAAAAGCGUCUGCGAGCUCCCUUUCAUGCUCCGUUGCCUGGCCGAGACCGGUCGUAUCUACCCUACUUCUCUGGCUGGCCAGUCUAUGGUGGUUCCUCCAGCUGGUGAUACCAUUUGUGGGAAAUGUGUACCAGGAGGAGCGAUGGUUAGUCUUGGAGUCGCUGAGGUUCUGUGCCAACGAAACUUUGCCGAUCCAACCACCUAUCGUCCUGAGCGAUGGCUUGGCGAUCCUCAAUAUGCUUCUGAUGAUAGAAGUGUAUUUCAGACAUUCUCGGUGGGUCCGCGAAGUUGCAUUGGAAAGAAUCUCGGCAAUCUCGAAACUCGCCUUGCCCUUGAUCGCAUGAUCUGGAGUUUCGACAUGAAGCUCAGCGCAGACACGGACCCUGCUUCGGAUGACCAGACGGGUUUCAUUCCAUACCAGAAGAAGCCAUUGAUCGUAGAGCUCAGGGUGAAAGAGCGGUCCUCAAUAAAGUCCUGA